AUGGCAGUAAAAAAAGUUGGAAAAAUUGUAAAAAAGAGGACCAAGAAAUUUACUCGAUUUCAGUCAAAUAGAUUUAUGCGUGUUAAGCCUGCAUGGAGAAAACCAAGAGGUAUUGAUUGCCGUGUGAGAAGAAGAUACAAAGGUACCAAUUUGAUGCCAAGUAUUGGAUAUGGUAGUAAUAAGAAAACCAAAUUCUUAUUACCAAAUAAUAAAUACAAAUAUGUUGUUAAAAAUGUAAAAGAAAUGGAACCAUUAAUUAUGAACCAUACAAAAUACUGUGUACAAAUUGCUCAUAACGUAUCAAGCAAAAAAAGAAAACAAAUUAUUGAGAGAGCUAAACAAAUGAAUGUUUCUGUUAUAAAUGCUAAAGCUAGAUUACAAAAAACAGAAGAAUAA